AUGUCUGCAUGCGGGGUUGGAGUGACUGUCGAGUACGGCAAGGGCGGGUACGUGAUAACCAACCUAAAGGUCAAGGGCCCAGCGCACAGAGAUGGUAAGGGCAAGAAACAUGCGGCUCGCGCUGACAAGCUGACAGGAACGCUGAGGAUAGGCGAUGUGAUCUGCUCCAUCGACGGGAGAGACGUCUCCUCCUCCUCCCUCUCCAUCGCCCCCCUCGUCCUCGGUUUGGCAGGGACGCCCAUUGAGGUCAGUCGACGACCUGCUGCUGCUGCCCUGACGAGCAUGGGAAGAUCGGGUAUCGACGACAAGGGCAGGAUGCUGUUAGAUAUGGCUGCUUCCUCCUUGUCCUUACCCAACGACAUCCUGGUCCAUCUCUUUGACAUCGACGAGGAGGCGAACUCUUCGCCCACGUCGGAGCAGGGCAGCAGUCAAGCUGCUCCCAGUCCAGGUUCGCGCGUGUGCGAAGGGAUUGACGCCCAUGAGCUUGGGUUGUCACUGCAGGAUGCAGCCGAGCAGGCAAGCAGGCCGAAGGCGUCGCGAGUCCCUGAGAUGAAGCUCAAGGAGGUGCCAGGAGUCGGGAGAUACUCUCCCCCUCCUCUCCUUCGCUUGACCGGGGGGUUCAAGUUCGGAUCUGAGCGGCGGACGUUUGGCGUCUCCUCCUCGGACACGCCUGGAGUCGGCCAGUACGACGUGACGAGACUUCAGUCAUCUAGCAAGGGUCUGUGGUCGUUCGGAGGAUCCAAGAGGUUCGCUGGAGCAUCGCAGCAGGAGGAGAUGCCGGGGCCCGGCGAGUAUCAGCCCGAGACCGUCAAUCUCUCUCGCUCGGUGGGAAGCAAGUUCGGCAAAGCUAGACGGGGACGGCUCAGCAACGUGGAGCCGAACGUGCCUGGUCCGGGGGCGUACGGGCAAGACGAGGAAGAGGAGGAGGAGGAGGAGGAGGAGGAAAAGAAGAAGGCGCAGCAAAGGCCUCUCCUUCCUCGCUCGUUCUACCUUGACGCUGAGCUGCGACGCUCCUCUUCCAUGCCUGGGCCUCUCGACUACUGCACCACCCACCAGCCCUCCUGGUCGAGGACGCAGGCGGGAGUCAGCAUCGGACGAGCGUCGAUGCAUGCCAACCAAGCGCGUUCUGGCGCCACUCCAGGCCCAGGAUCCUACAGGACUCGAGCUGGGCAUGCACGACGUUUCUUUUCGUUCCCGCGCGCCGACAGCCGAUCGAAGAAGAGCAGUCGAUCUCCUGGCCCUGGCUCCUACGGAAUCUUCUCCCCAACUCGCGCAACGGGCGUCAACUUGUCGUCGGGCGUGGGUCACGUCCCCCUCCACGAGGCCGACCAGUUGCCAGGGCCAGGCAAGUUGCGAGACCCUCGGCCGUCCCUCACCUUGAGCGUCAGGAGAGUACAACGUGAAGACGUUCGCGAGCUCGGGAGGGUGGCGCUACAUGCCUGGUACCUCAGUCGCAUGCUCGAGUGCCUUUGUGACAGGCCGGCAGGCAAAUUGAAGCGAGAUUCUUACCUCGCAAUUGAUCCUUCGAUACCCGGGCCAGGGCAGUACAACCCAGCUGAUCUACCUGAUCCGUACUCGCUCCCUCGGCACGGCAAGCAAUGGAAGUCCAUGCUCGCACAUUACCCCUAUCAAAGAUUUCGAGUUUAA